CAGCGUGAGACCGCUUCACUUUGCGUUCUUUCCGUCGCACAUCCAUUUGUUUUCUUGAAUUAAGUAAGUCGCCAUGGCCCAGGCUGCGACCUUCAUGGACGGUGAAAUGCGGACAGACGGAGAGGAGGCAAAAAUCACGAAAAUGGACACCUCUGACCCAAGCGCUCUGAAGGAGGCUCCGGCCGAGAACGGCGACGUAAAAGUUGAGGAAAUGACCUCGAGGGACUACUACUUUGACUCAUACGCACACUUUGGCAUCCACGAAGAGAUGCUCAAGGAUGAGGUCCGCACACUCACCUACAGGAACUCGAUCUAUCACAACAAACACUUAUUUAAGGGUAAAGUAGUUUUGGACAUUGGCUGUGGUACUGGCAUCUUGUCCAUGUUUGCCGCCAAGGCUGGCGCCAGAAAGGUGAUCGGCAUUGAGUGCUCCAACAUUGUUGAGUACGCCCGCCAAAUUGUAGCUGCCAACAGGCUCGACGAUGUCAUUGAAAUCGUCAAGGGCAAGGUUGAAGAGGUAUGCCUGCCUGAUGGACUCACACACGUGGACAUCAUUAUCUCAGAGUGGAUGGGCUACUGCCUGUUUUACGAGUCCAUGCUGGACACCGUAUUGUUCGCCCGAGACAAAUGGCUCGCGCCGGACGGUCUUAUGUUCCCAGACAAGGCCACGCUGUUUGUGUGCGCCAUCGAGGAUAGGCAGUACAAGGACGAGAAAAUUAACUGGUGGGAUGAUGUUUAUGGCUUUGACAUGAGCUCCAUCCGCAAGACGGCCAUCAGCGAGCCGCUUGUCGACAUAGUUGAUCCCAAGCAGGUGGUGACGAACGCGUCGAUGGUGAAGGAGGUGGAUCUGUACACGGUGAAGAAGGAGGAGUUGUCCUUCUCGUCGCCGUUCCACCUGCAGGUGCGGCGCAACGACUAUGUGCAGGCGCUGGUGACCUUCUUCAACAUCGAGUUCACCAAGUGCCACAUGCGCAUCGGCUUCAGCACGGCUCCCGAGGCGGCGUACACGCACUGGAAGCAGACCGUUUUCUACCUCGAGGACUACGUGACUGUGAAGAAGGGCGAGGUGAUCAACGGCGUCUUUUCCAUGAAGCCGAACGCGCGCAACAACCGCGACUUGGACUUUGAGGUGCAGCUCGACUUCCACGGCGAGCUGUGCGAACUUUCCGAGCAAAACAAGUACCGCAUGCGCUAAUUCUAAGUUUAUUUAAUUGAUUGCCAGCAGUGAUCCAUCUCUUUAUUUUUCUCACUGUCUCUCUCUCAUGCAGCAGUGCUACCGUAAUUUGCUCUCGGGGGCCGCCCCCCGAGAGGCUCGACCGAGUCGAAUCGUAUUUAACUUCACUUCUAAGCAUCUAAAUGAUUAAGAACCCUCAGCUGCAAUUCGGUCCGAGAGGAUUUCGUGUUUUACUCUUAUUGCGUCUUAAGGAUUACUUUGUAUUGUUUAGCAAUUGUGAUUUGAAUAUAUAAAUUACGCGUUUAGAUCACACUAAAAAAAAACAGUUUGUGUU